AUGAGCACCACAGAGGCCUCUGAAGCCAUCCAGAGCUUCUCGGCUUUCAGCAAUGGCGGUGCCGUACAGAACAGCACCGCCCUGAACGGUUUCAACGGCACCAGCAAUGGUAAUGGCCACACUGCUCCCACACAAUCCUCUCGCGCCCUCAAGUCAAACCUUCAGCCCACCGACCCCAGUGAGCUUCAUGACCUGGUCCUCUUCCUCGAGAAGCAACCUCGUUUCGCGUGGCAUGCCGGCAUGCUGCUUCCCGGAGCCAAGAUGCAGAUUUCGUUCAUUAAGGACAUGGCUACGCUGCGCGACCCCCGCUCACACUUUACCUUUUUGAACUACCUUCAACACGCUGGCCGUCUUGUUGAGUUCACCAACCUGGGAACCUUCCUGCCCUCGCGAGUCGAGUAUGAAGAUUACCUCCGUUGGUGCGCCUCUCACUUUGACGACGUUGUGCAAUACCAGCGUGAGGUCGUGUCGGUGUCGCCCAACCCUCAGCCCGAGGGUGCUGUCAAGACUUUCACCGUCAAGUCACGCAAUGCCAAAACAGGCCAGAUCACCACUGUCCAAGCGAGGAAUGUUCUCAUCGCCGCUGGUGGACGGCCUCUGAUCCCGAAGAGCCUUCCCGCUGCUAGCCCCAAGGUCAUUCACUCCUCACAGUACGCUCACCAGGUGCCCAAGAUUCUCAAGAAUACUCAGGCGCCCUACCGCGUCGCCGUUGUCGGUGCUGGCCAGAGCGCUGCCGAGAUCUUCAACAAUGUUCAGAAACUGUAUCCCAACUCAAAGACGUGGCUCGUCAUGCGCUCCGAGUUCCUGAAGCCGAGCGACGACUCUCCCUUCGUCAACUCGAUCUUCAACCCCUCCUACACAGACUCCCUGUACCCUCGCUCCCAACAAUACCGCCGUGCGCUGAUCAAGGACGCCAAGGCGACUAACUAUGGCGUCGUUCGCCUCGAACUCAUUGAGCAUCUUUACGAAGUCAUGUACGACCAGAAGCGCGAGUACGGCGAUGAUGAGCGCCAGUGGCCUCACCGCAUCCUCAAUGGAAGGAGCAUCGUCAGCGUCAACGAGGGCAACCACGAGUCGGACAGGCUUCAGUUGCACGUGCGACGUGUCGAGGACAGCUUCAACCAGAGCGGCAUCACUGAUGAGUUCCUUGAACAGGGGCCUAGCAGUGAGGAAAUUCUCGAUGUCGACCUCAUCAUUGCUGCUACCGGCUACCAGCGCAAUGCACACGUUGACAUGCUGCGCGACAGCUGGAACCUUCUUCCCGAGACUCAGCCCGUGAGCUCCGGCCCGCGUGAGCAGGUCGAUGGAUGGGAGAUCUCCGAGGGUAACGUCGACUCUGGUUCGAGGAAGCUCGAAGUCGGACGCGACUACAAGAUCCGCUAUGCGCCUGGCGCCAUUGCCCCUGAUGCUGGUGUUUGGCUGCAGGGCUGCUGCGAGGCCACCCACGGCCUGAGCGACAGUUUGCUUUCCGUGCUUGCCGUGAGGUCCGGCGAGAUUGUUGAUUCCAUCUUCCCUUCGCAGUCCAAGUCCGAGACAAGCUCGGUCUGA